CCUUUCGUUUUCUGUGGUCUCUUCCUCUUCGCAGAAGCGGCGGCUGGAAAUACUGGGCAACCGCAGCGGCAAGCUGGACGACUCCUCAGCGGCGGCUUUGGUCAGCGGCUGCACCUUCUCCAGACGGAGACAAUCUGCGGACGGCGACGGAUCGGCGGCUGGACGACGGUGGCUACUCAGUGAGCGAUCGAAGCACUAGAGUUGGUGCAGUCUUUAAUUGUAUACAUUGGGAUAAAUGGGGGUGCAAUUAGCUUCUGAACAAGUAGCUAUGCUAGAGAUUGAGAGUGUUGAUCUUUCUGAUUCAGAGCUGGUAUAUCAUGUCAGGGAUGCCCUAAAAUCUGCUAUCCAGGGUGACAUGGACAAGUAUUCUCAGCUUGUUGGACUCAUAAAUCGUGAUCACCAGUUAUCACCUGAGGAGGUGGCAUUACUCGUGACAUGCUUAAAGGCUUUGUCAGGAACUGUCUCUUUUUUAGACAUUGUUCACCAUCGAUCUCUUCUUUCUUCGGUAUUUCGAAUAGUGAUGUGGAACUAUGGGACUGAUGUUAUGGAUGCUCUGAUGGAACUGGUUGUAUCUUUGGCAGCAUCAAGUGGGCAGUAUGUUGAUUUAUGCUUGGAAAUGCUUGUAAACAAUUUUGUGCCACCCGAAACUUUUGUGAAAUUGCUAAAUAAUCCAAGGGUUCAGGCAAGGAAGGGGCAAGUCCUUGAUCGUGUGCAUUCAACAUUAAAAGCUAUUGCUGAUUUAGUACCACUAUCACCAUUGAGACUCGAGAAGAUAAUUAAGGAGAGAAUGCAUAAGAUUCGUGACAAGGGGCCUAUUGUGAUUUAUGCGGAAAACAUGCUAAGAUUGGAUAGUGGCCCGCUGGGUGAACUUAUUGGGAGCACCAUGCUUGUGGCGAUUGUGGAUAGGGUUGUAGAUUUGGAUGUGGACAUACCAUGGGAUUCUAUUUUGCAAGAUGAUUUUACAAAAGGAAUAUUUGACACCGAGCUGGAAGAACUAGAAGGACCUAUGGAUGAUGGCCAGCAAGAUAGUUUUGAGCUUGAAAGGGAUAUUUGGAUAGACAAGUUUUUUGGGGACAGUAAAAGUGCUCAGAUGUUGGAUAGUUUAAUGGUGCUCACAUUCGAAUACUUCAUAUCUUGCAAAGAGAGUGGUCGCCUUUCUCUGAUCUUUGAUACACUACUUCACUCUUUCGAAAAAACUGUUUUGACAGCAUACAAGUCCAAAUUUGCCCAGUUUCUUGUGUUCUAUGCUUGUUCACUUGAUCCCGAAAACUGUGGCAAGAGAUUCGCGAUUACACUCAUUCAUAUUUUUGAGACUAGUGCCCAUUUAGAAUGGAGAAUGAGUGCUGUCGCUUAUCUUGCUAGUUACCUAGCACGUGCAAAGUUUAUGGACUUGCCAUUUGUUGCUGACUGUUUGGAAAUGUUGGUGAAUUGGUGUUAUAAUUAUAGCAAAAUUAGGACCGAUGAGAUUAAUCCAAAUCCUAAAGCUCACAAGAAUUUCUAUGCGGGAUGUCAAGCCAUAAUGUACAUAAUUUGCUUCCGAAGGGGGUCCAUUCACAGUUUCUUCCGUCUCAAAUCUCAACUCCUGCGCAUGCGUAUAGAGGAUAUUCUGAGGCAUCCAUUAAGUCCUUUGACGGUUUGUUUACCCUCUAUUGUAGAGGAGUUCCUUAGGGUAGCUGAAGCCACAUGCUUAUUUAGUUUCCCUGACAGUGAUGCCCCUGUCGGCGGUCUACUGGAGUCUGAACACUCAAUAGCAUUUGGUGGGUAUCAGAGGCUGGAUACAUUUUUCCCAUUUGAUCCCUGCUUGCUAAAGAAGGCCGACAGGUUUAUUAGGCCAAACUAUGUAUACUGGUCAAUGGUUCGAAAUGCAUAUGAUGAGAUUGAAGAAGACGAAUGCACAAGCGAUGAAGAUGAUGAUGUCGAAGUCUGUAUACCUGGGAACGGCAUAGACAUAAUAGCUCCAGGGACUGCCCGUGGCAAUGAGAAUUUUGAGGAGUUUGAUAAUACCCUUAGCAAGAUGUCUAUAACUCCUAAAAACUUGUUACUUCAUCAAAGCUUAGGCGGUCAAAGGGCAGGUUUGCAGAUGCCUUCUAGAAUCCGACCAUGUCCCGAGUCUCUGUGAUCGGACAGCCAUUGAUGGUUGGUUGGUUGCUUUUUCUAUGGGCAAGAAGAAUAUCUGUAUGUGUGCGUUGCUACUCUGUAAACUUAAUAUGAGCUUGAAACAGACAUUAAUGAGCCUGUACUACUACCGUAGCUAAUUUCAUUGCACUUCCUAAAAAUACUCAAAUUCGAGUUCUUGUUUCUGGAUGAUUAUAAUUUAUGAAUGUAAGAUUGUAUUGACAUGGCUUCUAUAUCAUUUGUCUAAUACUGUAUGUGGAACUUGGAAUGAGAUCAAACUCUAUUAGUUUCUUCUGGGGCUGCUGCAUCCUCUUUUGAGCUGUUGUAAACGAAU